CAAAAUCAAAACAGCGUCGAAUCCAUGAAACCCAAAUCUUCACUUAGAAGAGAUCCUUUAUCUUACCAUUCCACUGAAUUUUGAUUUCAUCUUCUCUAACUCCAACUAUGCGCUAUUCCGUUUCUUGCACGACUCACCCUUGACCUACACUUGACUCGUUCAACAGCCGGUCUGAGUCUGUUUAAGACUCACUCUUCACUCGGAUAACCCAUAACUAAUCAAACCUUACCCACCGAUUCCUUUAAUUUUCCCCUCCCUCUUUUCAUCUCCGCCAUGUCUACUCCUUCCUUUCUACUCUCACUUUCCUUCCUUUUCCUCUCCUUUCUCUCCAUUUCUCUCUCCCAACAACCACCCAAAGGAUAUUUGAUUGAUUGUGGCGCCACUUCCAAAACCGCCAUCGACGACCGAGAAUGGCUUCCCGACGAGGAUUUCAUCUCCACCGGUUCAUCAAAGAACCUAACGGUUCCCCGUCUCAUUCCCACUUUCUCCACCGUCCGAUCGUUUCCUCUUCAAAACAAUCUUCGCCGUAAGUUCUGCUACACGGCGCGCGUUUACAAAGGUGCGAGAUACCUAAUCAGGACGGCUUACUACUACGGGGGAGUCAACGGCGUGAAUUUUCCUUCGCCUCCCGUUUUCGAUCAGAUAGUGGACGGCACGUUUUGGAGAGUGGUAAAUACGACGGAAGACUAUCGGAAGGGCUCGACGUCGUCCUACGAAGCUGUGUUUGAAGCUAAAGGGACUACCAUGAGCGUUUGUAUUGCUUCGAAUACGUAUACGGAGUCCGACCCGUUUAUUUCAAGUUUGGAGAUGCUUCUUUUGGGGGAUUCGCUUUAUAAUACUACAAAUUUUGAUUCUUAUGCUUUGAGUUUAGUUGCGAGGCACAGUUUUGGACAUAAUCGAUCCGUUAUUAGUUACCCUGAUGAUCUCUUUGAUCGAUAUUGGGAGCCAUAUGCAGAAAAUGUUUCUGUUAUAGCAAGCAAUAACACUCCAUCUGUUUCUGGGUUCUGGAAUAUACCCCCUUCAAAAAUAUUUGAAAGCGCACUUUCAACAGAUCAGUUGGAACCCCUGGAGUUGAGAUGGCCACCUUUGUCACUUCCGAACUCAACUUACUACAUUGCUUUGUAUUUUGCGGAUCAUCGUGAUUCAAUGCUUUCAGGCUCAAGAGUGCUUCACAUACACAUAAAUGAAGUAAGGUAUAUUAGCAAUUUGGAAGUGACUUCAGCAGGAGCUGCGGUCUUCGCAACCAGAUGGCCACUUGAAGGUCAAACAAAGAUUACUUUGAGUUCCGCUGCCAAUUCGAAUGCUAGUCCUUUAAUCAAUGCCGGGGAGAUUUUUGAUAUACUUCGCCUAGGAGGAAGAACUCAUACUAGGGAUGUUAUAGCUUUAAAUGCAAUGAAAAGCAGUUUGCGGAACCCUCCACUUGAUUGGAAUGGUGAUCCUUGCCUGCCCCUUAAUUACACAUGGACUGGAAUUACAUGUUUUGAGGGUGAACGAAUUCGUGUGGUUACUUUGAACUUGACUAGUAUGGGUCUUUCAGGAUCAUUGUCUUCAAGCAUUGCUAAUUUAACUGCACUGACUGGCAUUUGGCUCGGUAAUAACAGUUUAUCAGGAACAAUACCUAAUCUCAGUUCUUUAAGGCUACUAGAAGUGUUGCAUUUGGAAGAUAAUCAGUUCAAUGGAGAUAUUCCCUCAUCACUUGGAGAAGUGAGAAGCUUGCGUGAACUAUUCUUACAAAACAAUAAUCUGACUGGGCGAAUACCGGAUAGUCUUGUAGGAAAACCUGGACUGGACUUGAGGACUUCCGGAAAUCAGUUUUUAUCCCCGUCACCUUCUUAAGUAGAUUGUACAUGCGUUCAGAGGUAACAUCACACGAUUGCAAUGAUCAAAAUACUCGAUUUCACUGAAUUCUGUAUCAAAAAGGUAUCAUCUUGGUCUGAAAUUUUGGUGGAAGUUCCACCAUUGUUGUCUGUUUGAUUGCAAAGUUGUCUACUAUUCUGCAUGUUGGAGCAUCCUCAGUUUUAAUUAUACUAGAAAUAGUUGUCCAUGUUCAGCUAGUCUGUUCUUUAUUUACUCAAAUACGAAAUCAUAUCUGUAAAUCAUAGCCAUAUACUUCAUUAUAUUCUUUACAAUAUAAAUUUUAAUGGGUUCAUGAUUUUGUAUCA